GGGCGAGCCCCACAGCCACCAUCUUGGCUCGCUCUUGCUCUCUGGCUGGCUGGCUGGCUGGCUUGCAGCGCUUGGCCAGAGAGCCCUGGACAGGCCUGGCCUGGCCUCGCAAGCGGAGCCCUGCCGAGGUGUCUUGGUUGAUGCCCGCCGUAGAGGAUGGAUCAGGCCUGCGAAGUGAGCAGGAGGGGCUGCCUGCCCCCCUUCGCCCGCCCUUUGGCGUUAGAGGCACCGGAGUUGGAGCAAGAGGAGGAGGAGGAGGAGGAGGAGGAAGAAGAAAGAGGGCCCGGCCAGUUCCUCGGGGAGGAGGAGGGCCAGAGCCGUAGGAUCCCCCCGGAGGGAUUCCGAGGGCGCAGCCUGCAGCCUUUGCCCCCCGCAGGAGCAGGAUCCGGGGCAGCAGCAGCAGCAGUAGGCCCUCCUCCUUCCCCUCGCUACAUCCCCCUGCGCAGGCUGCAGGACCUGGCCUCCAUGAUCAAUGCUGAAUAUCUGAAUGGCUCAAAAGAUGAUGGCUCUGAUUGUUUGCAGGAACUGGAAGGGAGCGACUCCAGCCCAGAGCUGGAGCUGGCGGAGGAGGAGGAGGGAGACCAUUUCAAUACCCGGCGGGACUCGGCUCGGCUCCUGGAUUUUGACACCCUGGAUCUUUGCUCGGAUGAAGGGAAGGAGAUGGACCCCCAGGCACCUUUCCUUCUCUCUGCCGCAGCAGGACAUCCGGGGAAGGACAUGAAGUUGGUGGUGGAAAAGAAGAGAGCCAUCUGCAGCAAGAAGGUGGCCGGGUCUGAGAGAGGGAGGCCUGGAUGGAUGAUGCAGGAGGCCCCUGUCAAGAUCAGGCACAAUGAGGCAGCCUCUGCCCUGCUAUCCAGCCCUGCCCUCCCCCAGCGAAUGCAGAGUAGUAACUCUUGCAAAGAGCCUGCCUUCGGAGGCAGAUGUGAGAAAGCAGGCAUGUACCCGGUGUAUGUAGAGGCAGAGCGGAAAAAGGACAAGCAACGCAGCAUGGCCAAGGCAUCUGAGAAAGUGGCUCCGAAGCAGAGGGCCCCCACACUAGGAAGCUUGAUAGAAAGGCUGGAAACUUCAAUCACGACCAAAUCCGCACCACUACCAACAGGAUUGCCAGCUGGUCAAAUCAAGAAGAAACCUAUUCCAGUAAAGUAUGAAGCUGGAGAUCUUGUAUGGGCGAAGUUCAACCGACGUCCAUGGUGGCCCUGUAAAAUUUGUCAUGAUCCCAUCCUAGAUACUCAUUCAAAAAUGAAAGUUUCCAGUCGCAGACCAUAUCGGCAGUACUAUGUGGAAGCCUUGGGGGACCCAUCUGAAAGGGCCUGGGUUGUAGGAAAAGCUAUUGUAGUCUUUGAAGGAAGACAUCAGUUUGAAGAACUACCUUUCCUUCGACGAAAAAAGAAGCAAAAAGAGGAGGACCACAGGCACAAGGUUCCUAAGAGAUUCAUGGCUAAAUGGGAGAUCAGUGUUGGUCUUACAAAUGAAUAUCUAAAGCAGAAUGGUACUCAAAAAUGUAUCCAGACUUCUAGCAAAAUGGACAGUGAGAAGGAAGUGCGUUUAAUGGGAUCUCAUGAAAAAGUCUUGUUAAAUGAACAGAACAAACAACUAAAUGGAUGUUUGAAAUCAUUUGCAUUGGAUUCCAAACAUUUCACCCAUGAUGAGGGGAAAAUGUUCACUAAAUCACGAAUAAAGAAGAGUUCUGACACCAGGAAGAGGAACAGAGUAAGAAAAAGUAACAACAAGCUGGAGACAUCCAAGAGAGAAAAUGGUGGGAAAGUGCCAGUGAGCAAAGCUAAAGACAUGAUUGUUACAGAUCUACCAGAUAAGCAGGCAUCUCAUGAACUUUGCAGAAUAGCAAAGAGCCUGAUGGGAUCCAAAGGCACUGUGGAAAAUUAUUUGCUCUCUUCUUUUGGAGAAAGACAAUUUGAAAAUAAAUCUAAGAAACCAGAGCAUGGGCUCUCUCAUAAAAACAGUCGGCAGGAGAAAUCCAAAGCAAGUGUGAAGAAAAAGAAGAACCAAGCAGGCAUAAUGUGCAGUUCAAAGCUACAGCUGCAUUAUUCUGCAACAGAUGCUGGAGUUGAGAGAAAACAGACAGAUUCGGAUUCAUCAGAUGAUGGUACCUACAAUCUAGUCUCCCUUGACCAAAGCAUAGCAGCAGCAUCUACAUAUAGUGUCCUGAAAAAUGGUGCUUCUGCAAAUAAAAGAAGAAAGGAACUGUCUUCAGGGCAAAGAAAUAUUAAACGUUCUGCAUGUGUCUCAAAAACCGGCAAUAGAAGUCGCAAACCGUUCCAAGGGUCUCUGGAUAGGAAUGUGUAUGUGGAAGCAGGAAGAGUGGAAUUUCAUGAGCCAUCCUUUGCAGAGGAGCUGGCCUCGGCUUACCGGAACAACACUCUUACCCUUGCAGAUAAGCAUACUACACUCCAAAGUAAGGGGUUCACAAGUCAAGCCGAUACAAAACAGCUUCAGUUCAGAAAUAUCAAAUGCAAACAUAAAGGGACUACUGCCAGGGCAGAAUCAUUUCUUAAGGAAGAUGAAUGUAGCUCUGAAAGCUACUUUAAUGCUACCAAAGGUUGUCCUGGGUCUCACUUAGAGGUAUCUACCAAAAGUGGGAAGCUAGAAGGCCCCAAGCCAUUGAACAGCGCACACGAGAAUUCCCAUGAUUCUGCUGAAAUAGAGACAGCAGUUGUGAAACAUGUGCUUUCAGAACUGAAGGAGCUGUCAUAUAGGUCCAUGAAUGAUGAAGCUAAAGAUAGUGAGCCACCUAAGACCACAGUGCCCUUACUCUUUUCAUCUGUCCCUGGGCAGAAUCAUUUGCCUAUGGAGCCUGAUUAUAAGUUCAGCACCUUAUUAAUGAUGUUGAAAGAUAUGCAUGAUAGUAAGACAAAAGAGAAGCAGAUCAUGACUACUCAGAACAUAGUCUCUUACAGGAGUUCUAACAGCGGUGGUCAUUCUGGAAAUAACACUCCAAGUGAUUUGACAUCUUUGCCUACAACAGGAACUGCUCCUAAAUUAGAAAAAAAACAAGAUAAAGUUCAAGAACCAGAGUGUCUGAAACCCAAAGAAGUUGCACAUUCUGAGAAGAAACGCCUUAGAAAGCCUAGUAAGCGGCUUCUGGAAUAUGCAGAAGAAUAUGAUCAUAUAUUUGCACCUAAGAAAAAAAGGAGGAGCCGGGAACUAUUUCGGAAGGCAAGUUCUCUAGAGAAGUCUGAAACCAAAUGGAAGGGCAGCACUGGCAAACAGGCUCCUAGUAAACAUCUAGACAAAAAGUCUUUGGAUUCACUUUCAUCUGCUUCUUCACCAUCUGCUUCUUCAUCUAAAGAGUCUCCUCCAGUCCUGGAGGCUGAACGUUCACUCUCAGAUGAACCUGAUUCCCAUUCUAUGGAACCAAGAUCUGAAAUGCCAGUUUUGACAUUGUCUUCACCAAAUGCUUUGGAAAAAGAAGAAGAAGAAGAAGCUAGUGCUGCUGGUCCUCCUCUUCUUCCUCCUGUUCUUCAUUCACAGGCAGUUGAAAAGUUGAGGAAGUCAGGGAACUUUGGGAACAAGCGCCGGAGGAAACCAACAAAAAAGAUCUUGGAAUCCAAUGAUUUAGAUACUACAUAUAUACCAAAGAGAGAAUGGAGUUCCAUAAAGAAGUGUUCUGAGGCUGGUCCUUUGGAUAUUGAAAUGUCUGAGUUUUACUCCACCACUCAGCUUCUGGAUGCUGCUGAAGCUCCUGAAAAGGUUCCUGUGAAACAGAGAAGGCGAAGGCGUCAGCGGCGCACCUUUGCUGCAGCACCAUAUAAAAAAGAAAAGCGUGUACGUUUAGUGAGAGAAAGACCCAGCUCUGAGGGGAACAGGGCAGCUCGGGGAACAACUGGAAGCCCCAAGGAGAUUACCAACGAAGGGUCUGAAAAUUACCAUGGAGUGCCUUCUUCAAGAAAGAUACAGGGGGAGCGAGGAGGAGGGGCCGCCUUGAAGGAAAAUGUGUGUCAGAUCUGUGAAAAGCCAGGUGAAUUGUUGCUAUGUGAAGCUCAGUGCUGUGGUGCUUUCCACCUGGAGUGCCUUGGACUCUCAGAAAUGCCCAAGGGAAAGUUUAUCUGCACCGAGUGUUCCACAGGACUCCACACAUGCUUUGUAUGCAAGAGCAGUGGAGAAAAUGUGAAGCGUUGCUUGCUUCCCUUAUGUGGGAAAUACUAUCAUCAAGAGUGUAUACAGAAGUAUCCCCCCACAGUCAUGCAGAAUAAGGGCUUCCGAUGCUCCCUGCACAUAUGUAUGACUUGUCAUGCAGCUAAUCCAACAAAUGUCUCUGCUUCUAGAGGCCGCUUGAUGCGUUGUGUUCGAUGUCCUGUUGCAUACCACUCCAAUGAUUUCUGCCUUGCUGCUGGGACAGUGAUCCUUGCUUCCAAUAGCAUGAUCUGCCCUAAUCAUUUUACCCCUCGAAGGGGCUGCAGAAACCAUGAACAUGUAAAUGUCAGCUGGUGCUUCGUCUGUUCAGAAGGUGGAAGCCUGUUAUGUUGUGAAUCUUGCCCUGCGGCGUUCCACCGGGAGUGCCUGAACAUUGACAUGCCUGAGGGGAGCUGGUACUGCAAUGACUGCAAGGCUGGAAAGAAGCCACACUAUAAAGAAGUGGUCUGGGUGAAAGUGGGGCGUUACAGGUGGUGGCCAGCUGAGAUUUGCCACCCUAGGGCCAUUCCUAUCAACAUCCAGAAAAUGAAGCAUGUCAUUGGUGAAUUCCCUGUGCUCUUUUUUGGAUCAAAUGAUUACCUUUGGACCCAUCAGGCACGAGUCUUUCCCUAUAUGGAAGGAGAUGUGAGCAGCAAAGACAAAAUGGCAAAGGGAGUUGAUGGCAUUUACAAGAAAGCCCUGCAGGAAGCUGCUGUGAGAUUUGAAGAGCUAAAGGCACAGAAGGAACUGAGACAGCUGCAGGAGGACAAAAAGAAUGAUAAAAAGCCCCCUCCUUACAAACAUAUUAAGGUAAACCGACCUAUAGGCAAAGUGCAGAUCUUCACAGCAGACUUGUCUGAAAUACCUCGCUGUAACUGCAAGCCAACAGAUGAGAAUCCCUGUGGCCUAGACUCAGAGUGUAUCAAUCGCAUGCUGCUCUAUGAGUGUCAUCCUGCUGUCUGUCCAGCUGGGGAACGCUGCCAAAACCAGUGUUUUACCAAGAGGCAGUAUCCUGAAGUAGAAAUCUUCCGUACUCUUGCACGAGGCUGGGGUUUGCAAGCCAAAAGAGACAUUAAAAAGGGUGAAUUUGUGAAUGAGUAUGUGGGAGAACUGAUAGAUGAGGAGGAAUGCCGAGCCAGAAUCCGCUAUGCUCAAGAGCAUGAUAUCACUAACUUUUACAUGCUAACUUUAGACAAGGAUCGAAUCAUUGAUGCUGGACCAAAGGGUAAUUAUGCUCGAUUUAUGAAUCAUUGCUGCCAGCCAAACUGUGAGACACAGAAGUGGUCAGUGAAUGGAGAUACCCGGGUUGGCCUUUUUGCCCUUACAAAUAUUAAGGCUGGAACCGAGCUAACAUUCAACUAUAACCUGGAAUGUUUGGGGAAUGGGAAGACAGUUUGCAAAUGUGGUGCUCCAAAUUGCAGUGGCUUCCUUGGUGUACGACCAAAGAAUCAGCCCCCUGCAUCAGAAGAUAAAUCUAAGAAGUUCAGGAGACGAUAUGGGAAACGCAAGUCACAAGCAGGAAUCAUGAAGGAGCGAGAAGAUGAAUGUUUCAGCUGUGGGGAUGGAGGACAGCUGGUUUCCUGCAAGAGACCAGGCUGUCCCAAAGUGUAUCAUGCUGACUGUCUCAAUUUGACCAGGCGACCUGCAGGGAAAUGGGAGUGUCCUUGGCAUCAGUGUGAUGUGUGCAGUAAAGAAGCAGCUUCAUUCUGUGAGAUGUGUCCCAGAUCUUUCUGCAAGCAACAUCGAGAAGGAAUGCUGUUCAUCUCUAAAUUGGACGGACGCCUGUCAUGCACAGAACAUGAUCCCUGUGGACCUAACCCUCUAGAGCCGGGAGAGAUUCGUGAGUAUGCGCCUUCCACAGAAUCAACAGCUGGCUGUCAAAAUACUCAGCCAUCAGACCAGCAGCCUGCAGCUACAGGCCCGAAAUCACAGCCAUCAGAGAGGUUACCUCUGACCGUGGCCCUGAGGCUGCAACCCUCAGAUAAAUCACCUUCCUCUUCUUUGGCUCUGAGACUAAAGUCCUCAGAGAAGCCUCCUUCCUCUGUCGCAGUGAAGCUACAGUCCUCAGAUAAACCACCCUCCACAGUGGCAUUGAGGCUACAGCCAUCAGACAAACUACCCUCCACCCUGGCCCUGAGUUUAAAGCCCUCAGACAAAUUGUCCUCCACUCUGGCCUUGAGGUUAAAACCCUCAGACAAAUUAUCCUCAGCCCUUGCCCUUAGGUUGCAGUCAUCAGACAAGCCACUCUCUGCUUUGGCCCUUAGGCUGCAUCCCUCAGAAAAAUCACCCUCCACUGUGGCCCUGAGGUUACAGCCCUCUGAAAAAGUAGCCUCCACUGUUGCCCAGAAUCAUCAGUCCUCAGAAAAGUUAGCCUCCACUGAGGAAUUACAGCCCUCAGAACAUCCAUCUACCAGAGAGGCAUCAGGAUCUCAGGAUGAGCCAUCUGCUGCAGAGGCAUCAGGACCUCAGACAACAGACAAAAAUUGUACAGUGGAAGUCCCAGGGCCUGAGGGGUCAGAUGUGUCACUUCCUGCAGACAGACCCACAUCACCAAUGUUAGACAAAUCAGCUGCCACAGAAAUACCAAAGGUCCAUAUGUUAGACAAAGUGGUAGCACCUGAGUCUUUGAGGCCUCAGCCACUGGAUAGGGCCAUCCCUGUUGGCUCACUACCUCAGGGCCCAGGCAAACAUUUUACUUCACUGAGCCCCAAAUCUCAGCUACUGGUCAAGCCAGUUGCCCCCAUAGCUCUGAGGUCUAAACCAACAGAAAAGUCAGUCACUUCUGUGGGAACUCGGCCUCAGACACCCAACAGGCUUUCUACUACGAUGGAUGCUCGGUCUGUUCCAUCAGAGAAGGAUUCUACUACUACAUGCCUGAGGUCUCAGCUGUCUGACAGGCUUCCUGCCCCAUUAAAUCCGAGACCCUUGCUUUCAGAGAAGGCCCUAAGGCCUGUUGACCAGAAUGCUCAACCAAAAGAAAGAGGCUCUGGGACACUGGAGCAGAAUACUCAGCAGAAAGAACGGACACCUGUGUCUGAGGAGCAGUCUUGUAGGCCUGCAGGGAAAUUUUCUCCAUACAUGGGACAGACAACUUGCCCCUUAGAGAACUUGCAAAUCCAUGAAAAGACCCCUUGGCUUAGUGCAAAAGUGCUGCCAUCCAUGGAGCAAUCACUUUGGACAGCUGAGAAACUGCAGUCUCCUGAGCACAGUCUUUGUUCAGGCCAAGGGGCAUCUGCACCCUCCACGGAGCAGACAUUUUGGUCAACAGAAAGAUUGUGCACAUUUGAACAACCCCCUUGGCCUGGAAGGGAAGCUCCACUGCCUUCCGGACAAGCUUCAUGGCUGCCCAGAAACAUUCAGACAUUUGAGCAGAUCUCUUGGCUCGCUGGGAAAGCACAAACACCUGUGGGGCAGGACGUUUUGCCUUUGUCUGAACAAAAUGUGGUGCUAGUACUGAACCAGGACUCUCCUGGCCACGAACCUACUGAGUCAAAACCUAAGUGAAGCCAGUUUGAGGCCAGACGGGUCAACGUAUUUGUUCUGUUCCGUUUUGUUUUUUAAUUGUAUGGGGAAGGGUAUUUUGUUUUUGUUUAUUGUUUUGUUUUUUUAAAAAACCACCUCCCCAGAUCCUUAACCUUCAACAGCAUCCCAUCAAACAUAUACAGGUACAUUUACCAAAUCUCAGUAAUGCCCAGCCAAGGAGCAAGAAUGUAGAUGGUCUAUUCCUUCUUCCUUUUGCAAACAAUAAAGCUGAAAUAUAGGAAUCCACUGUGGAUAUCAUCUCUGAUUCCAUUGAAAUAAUCACGUUACUAAUUCUGCAUGUCUGAGUGACAGGCUUGCAUUAAUAAUGUAUUUCCUAGACUGUAUCCCUCCAUAGUUCCAAAAAAAUAGGUUUCCUUCCAUCUGUUCCCACUAGAUGUUAGUCAGCCAUUUUGCACUGGCACCUUACAUAUGCCUGUUAUCGGGAGAAGUGAAAGGAAGGGAUUUGACUGUUUUUUCUCCCUAAUUUUCUUUCCUCACAGUUCUGUUUAGAAAUGUUUUGCUUGAAGAUAUACUGCCAGGUCAAAGCUUAUCAGAUACAGGUGCUUUUUGGAAGAAGAAAAAUACUUGAAGUUUGUUGAGAUGUCAGUUCUGCCAGGCAGAGCAGUUCACUCUACUGGGAACACCUGAGGUUCCCCCAUAGAUCUGACAAGUUGGAGGUUUAGUGAAAAGAAGUUUAAACUUACCAUCUAGUAGUAUGCUUGCUUGGGAAUUAACAUCUUCAGUGCAAUGUAGCCAGAGCUCCCACUUCAAUAGAAUUUUGACCACUGAGAGCAACUGCAGAAUAGAAAAAUGAAUAAAACUCUCCUCUGGUUUCUACAGUGCAUCAUGGCUGUUUACUAUCCUUUUGUCUCUGAAGCCAUAAUUAUUAGUUAUUGCAGACAAAUGAAACUGAUUUUGCCCUCUUGCACAGCAAACAUGCUUAGAAUUGUUUGUGGUCAUCUUUGGUGUAUUCCUCUGCUGAAGCAGAAUUUGGAAAUGUUUCUCUUUUGGAGUGCAAUUUCCAGAACCUCUCAAUUAUCAUGGCCACUGUUGCGGUCCAAAAAGGUAACCCUUUCAAGCUCUAGACUAAAAUAUAGCCUAAUUCAUAAGGUGGAACAGAACAGUAGCCCAUUUGAGAAUUCAUGUAACCCAUGAUGGAAAAAAUCUUAUUAAUCUUACCCUCACUAGGUUCUGGCUUAAUACAUAUCUCAUAUAACAUACGUACAUGAAUAUACAUACAUAUAUAAUGCUGAAAGAGACUUGAAUUUAAGUGGGCUACACUGAAGAGUCUCUUCAGUGGUAGUUAAUGUUAUAGUUCUCACACUGGAAUGUGAAGGGCUCCAGCAUCUGGUUGAAAUCUCUGUUCUUUUCCUACAACUCCAUUUUUCAGUCAGUGCAGCAUUCUAUACCUGGUAGGUCGCCAGGUUGGUAAACCUGUUGGAAACAUGUAGUGUUACCUGAUCAGGCAGAAGUGUUAUGUUCAGACAAAAAUUAAGAUUGGCAUGGUUCACUGUAGUACUGUAGCUGGGGAUCAGAAAAGUUACUAUCUAAGCCUGUGUUUCUGCUGAUCUUGGAUGUAGGAGAGGCAACCCGCCAUGCAGGUACUUCACAUGGUUAUUUCAGUUCAACACUAGGAUAUCAGGAAGCAGUUUUACCAUCACCUCCAUCCACACUCAUGGCUAAUGUUUGCUUCCUUUUAUGUUCUUACUUGUCUGGGCAAUUGGAUUCACGCAGCUUUAAGCAGAACUUAAUUUUUUUACCAGCUCCCGUUUUGUCCUUUUUAGAUUUCCAGGUUUCUGCGCAGAGCAGGAGUUCUAGUCCUAUCCCAACUCAGAUCCUCUCACCUUGGAACAGAUAACACUGGGGUAACUCAGGUUCUGUAGGAAAUUUACCAGUAUUGCAGUUUGUACCAUACAGUGGCAUUUCAGAUUCUGAUCUGUUACUUUUUCUGAUGUUGGCUUUCCACAAUGACGGUACCUGCUCGGCACUACGCAGCAUUCCCUACACAGUUGUGCAUCUCAUCUUCUCCUCUCAACCAUUUCACCCUCUCCAAGUGCAGCUAGUGACUUUGCACAGCAUGUGGCGAAUGGAAUCUUAGUGCUUAACAUUGGUUUUCCUGGAAGACCUGCAAGCCAAGCACUAAUCGUUGCUGAAAAUGGGGAAAUGCAAACAUGUUUUGUUUCUGCGUGACUCCUGAACAAAGGGAAACAGGACAAUUCUUCUGAAUGAUUGAAACAGAAACACUAAGCCAAGGGCAUUUUACUAAAACAUUUUUAAAUGGGAAAAAACCCCAUCUUUUUAAGCAAGCCAGCCAACCCAGUCAUGAGGCUCAGCAUAUUAAGUAUUACUCGUGUGGGGGGAAAGCUUUAAAUUUUACAUAUUUAGGCCUUCCCAUGAGCUGGACUUUGUCAUGUAGAUUGUGUGUUUAGGACUUCCUUUGUGCCAGCCUCCCUCAGCAAGCUGUACCUGUAACAAGAAAGAUUCCUGCACUGCUUUGUCGAACUCUGUUCUUGCAAUGUCGUGUUUUAACUAGCUAUUUGUUUCAUGGAAAAAUAAUAAACUGUGAAUAUUUUUGGUGGAGGCUUUUAAAUCUUUAAAACAAAGAAUUUUCAUUUUGAAUGACUUCUCAGAAGAGCAGGUUCUAGGGAGCAAGUAUGCAACACUAAUGAGGGGAUUCAUGGUGCAGCACAUUCUGAAUCUUGGGCUAGAAAAUCCUUUUUGAAGUAAGUUUAGUUUUGUUUUUUUUUUAUUUGCAUGGCAUUUCAGACAGAUUGCUUGGCAACUUGCUGUAUCCUUAUAUUUUCCCUUGCGAUCUUCUAUACAGGUUGAAUUUUAUAGCCUACUACUCACUCCCUGAAGGACUUCCUUCAUGGGAACAAGAUGCCCCUAGAUUUGACUAAGCAUCUGAAGCAGAAAAGAUCACAGACAUUUAUGUAAGGACUGUGUACAUUAAAACAUUGUAGUCGCAGCCCUUAUGAGAAGCCCAGAGUGGGGCUGUAUCUGGCCUAGACUUUCCCCAUCCCAUCCUUUCCCACAACUUUAAGACAGAAAGCAUCUUGCCAAGUACAGAAGGAAAUGUCUAGUUCAUUAAGGUAACCAAGGAAAACCACAACGUACAAAGGCAAGAAGUGUUGCAGGGAAAAAGAAGACACCCCUUGAACUUUGGUCAGCACAAGCCAGAAAUUGUUUCCUUUGGGAAAUGAGAAGGGUUGUUUGCUUACAUGUGGCAGAACUCCUGUGUCAUCAGGAGGACUGUUGGCCAAGCAGAGUCUGAGGACUGUAGUACUCUUGUGCUCCUGUGUGUCAUUGGCUAGCCACAGGAACGUGGGGUAGAAACAUGGCAUAGAUAGAAUUUGAAGAGAAUGUGUUUCUGUUAUUUGCCUUUUCUCUAGCCUGAAUUAGAAUGGCCAUAGCUAAGAGCUGGGCUACCAGUAAUACAAUUUGGUUUUGCCUUGGAUGUGAUUUUGGCAUUUUGGUAUAUGCUGUUAUUGCUUAUAUGGUACUUUGCUAGGAUUGUGAUUGCACUGAUAAACUUCUUGUGUGCAAAUAUUUUCAUACAUGCUUUUCUGUAUUUUGAGCAGAAAAUGGGGUGCUCCACUCCUAGAGUGGUACCGUAUAGAGCUUUGUUCUUUCUGACCAUGGAAGUCUAUGCCAAGAUAGGCCAGAUUCUCUGGUAAGAAUAGCUGGACUGUGUGACCUGAGAAUCAUGCAAAUAAAUAGUUUUGCACAGAUCUGCUGAUUUUGUAACUUAUUCUGUUUCUCUUGUUCCAUUAAUUAUGGAAAGGGAAGAGGAAUUUGCAACUCUUGAAAGUUUGACUCAGUAGCUCUCUUUAACCCUGAACAUGUAAAAUUCAACCAGGAGGUGCUCCUCCGUCUUGCAAUCCUAUGAAUGUAAAAACAACUGAACAUUGAGAAACUCAGAAUAUUGAAUGCUGUGUCCAGAGCCACAUUCUACAUUUUACAGUAUGCGCACAGACUUAUGGAAGAUAAGUAGCCCUGGGUGUAACAGAGCCAGGUAAUGUCCAUGAACUCUUGAGGUGAGCCAGCAGUUUGGGGGCUAAUCUGUAAGCUACUAACAAACAUUACUAAUAAGAAUUUAGUACCAAGCUGUUGAGUAUAUGACAUCUUUUUGAUGGUGAUCCUACAUCAGGAGAUAUCACUAAUGAUAUGUUGAUCUCUUGACCAACCCACAAAGCCACCAUUUCUCAGCUGCAUCCCAGCCCUGGAAAUCAGCCAUUUCCUGUCAGGGGGGAGGGGAGCAUACAAGCAACCAGCUAUUUUUCUGUAGCAGGACACACAGGCAUAGAAUUCUUUAGGGACCUCUGGAAUAUGAUGUAAUUGCCCUGUGUCUAACUAUGGAAGACCAUUUGAGCACCUGUUUACUGUUCCAACUGCUCUUCACCAACCCGGAAAUGCAGGAAGUUGCAACUGAGAAAAGGUGGAGGGGGAGCAAAGCUUGGUUGUUGUGCAGUCAGUAGUGAAUUCUAACCUCUGCAAUGACCAAAAAAGUAAUAAUUCACCAACAGGAUGUCAGCCACAGUGUUGAUGACUUCUUUGUAAGAUGCAAUUCCGUGGCGAUGCUGGUAGCGUACAAUAACAUUUUACAGAUUGUUGUAUCACAUAGUCUUAGCAUAGUUUCCCAUUUCAAGAAUAAGAGAUUUCAGAGUUCACUUUUUAACUACAGAAAUAAAUAGAAAAAAGACUAAAUUCAUUUAAUAGUGGCCCUACUUUCAUCUCUUAAAUUUCCAAUCAUUUUCAGAAAGGAAGGGAGUUUCCAUUGCACUCUUAGAAAGCAUGUGCUCACAUAUACAUACCUAAGCCACCAUUCUCUUUUAUGGCCUGUGCUUGCUUACACAUAGGGGUUAUCUAGUUGCAUUGAGCAGAAUCUUGGAAGCGCCUAUGCUUCUAGCAAAUAAAAGCUGGCAUUUGUACAAGCACUCUGUGGAGGGAAGGCAGUUGUGCUCCCUUCUGGUUCUCUUGACCACUUCUUGAGCAGCAUCACAAAAAACAGUCUCCUUGCUCAGGGCCAGUCCUGCCAUUGGACAAAGUGAACAGAUGUCAGGGGGCAGCAGAUUCAGUUUCUCACUGAAAUGAGUAGUUGUUUAUUAUUAUUACUAUUAUUAGGCUUGUUUUGUUGUUAUUUUUUUACUGCCAGGGUUUUCUGCCUCAUGUGCCAGAACAACUUGGCUGGCUUCGGAUGCUGUGCACCUUGACUUGGGUGUAUGUGGGAUGCCAUGUGUUGCUCUACCUCAGGCAGCAAAGUAUCUUGGGCCUGCCCUGCUCCCAUUUAAGCAAAAAGAAAGGAGGUGACUAGAGGAGUAUGUCUGAAAAGUAUAUCACAUUUCACCAAAAUAUUGUAUGGUGUGAUGCUUUUAAAUUUGUGAAGUCUAUAAUACUUUGGAGAAGAGCACCUCUGUAGGAAGGUAGUGAUCUCCCCCAGUGUGUUUUCAGAAUGUUAGGAGAAGGGCUUGAAUUGGAGAACAUUUCUCACUCCUUUAGAAUGGAAAAUACAACAUGAAAGGGAGAGGGGGCAGGUGAGGACAUUAGCACUGACCCAGUGCUAAGGAGCAUUAGAAGAGGAAGCUUACAUUUCUCUAAGUGAUCUAUAUCCAUUCAUCCUUCUCAAGCGUACUGGUUGCUGAUCUAGAGUUUUUCACUGAGGGUUGUGACUGAGUAGAGCUGUUGCACAAAAAGGCCUAGACAAAAUUCCUGUUGGCAAUGACUCUCCAGUGCCUAAUUGCUGUGUUUCUGCAUGGAUAAAGAAAAAAAAUCAACAGAGUAUGUACUGUGUGAGCAGCAGGGGAAAUGUUUACAAUAUCCACAUUGAUAGAAGAGGAAGAGUUCUUUGAUUACUUUUUUUUUUGGUUCCCUUUACACAUUUAACUGUGUAUGUGAAACUGGUUUGGUAAUGGAAAAAAGGUUGCCCUAUCCAAGUGUUCCCAGAAUAUGUACUGUAAUUCUUUGUAUAUAAAAGAAAGCAAUUACUGUAAAGUAAAGUUUAACUUUACUCUUAA